GCAUGUGGAACAGGGAGGGGAGCUGUGGCUGAGCUCAGCCUUCCUGCUCUGAUCUGUUCUCAGUUAUUCAAGACUUGGCUUGUUCUUGUUCUCUGUCUGCCUCUGAUUGACUGACUGACUGUUGUUCUUCUACCUGCUUUCCUCCUUCACUCGCUCACUCUUUCUUUUCUUUCAUGCUCUUUCGCUCAGUUCAGGCAGGAUCUGUAAAACCUGCUGGCUGUCCACCUCCACCACAACCUUCCACCCGGACCCCACUGCACCCUACUAGAACAGACCCUGCCCUCUGAGGACAUUCGGCGAGUGUGAGUAGUAGAGCUUGCAGUCAUCCACAGGAAGAAGGUGGGACAUGUCCAGCCUGAACUCGGACCCUGUGAGGGACAGAUGGAGUCAGAGCGUGAUGGACUGUGGUGCUGUGCGGUGUAAUGGCCAUGGGGACUGUGUGACGGUGGACGGGCUGCCGGAGUGUGACUGUAUGCUGGGAUACCGGGGGGUCACCUGCAGGGAGACGGUCAACGGCGGCUUGUCUGUCCCUCUCACGUUGGGGUGUCUGGGGUUCCUCUGUGGACUCAUCAUCAUGGCCUUCGUCUUCGCCUAUUUACGACAGAAGAGAAAAGCCAAAUUAAGGAGCCAGAGAGAAGGUGCAAAGAAAAAUGGAGAUUUCAUUUCUUUUUCUCCAAAAGAAUCAGAUGUCUAAUCGCCAACAAAGCAAGACCUCCAUACCUGAUAACAAGAGCCCACAAGUAUAAAGCAUCUCCACUUCCAAAAACUGGGUGAUUGCGUGUGAUUGGAGGAGCACAUGAUACUGACACGCUCACGAUGAGGCACUGAGGGAGGGAGGCGCACGUGUGACGCAGAGACUCGUACUUUACCAUUGCCAAGUAUUUCAGUGAUGUGCUUUGUCUUUUAUAUAGCUUCAAACCUGACAAACCGGCAAGUUCAAAAGACUCUCUGACUUCAUGGAAUGAUGAACACGUACCAUCUUUGGAAUCUUUGGAGUAAAUAUAUAUAUAUAUAUAUUGUAGUGUGUUUAUCUGUGGGACAAAAGCAACUUAAAAUGUAUUAUAAUGCUAAAAACAGUCCUCUGUAUUAAAGUUUAAAACAGUUCCAGCAGAAUUAAUCAGGAUGAAAGCCACUCUAGUAAAUGAUGGUCGGAUUGGAACAAAUGGAAUAUAUUUUUUCAUGAAUACUAUGUACUUUUCUUAAUAAAUGCUUUUAUUAUAUUG